AUGAAUUUUAGAAAUUUUUAUGAACAGACGCGAUCAGCAAGCGCUUUUAUAGUAUUGUUUAUAUUCCUUAGUUUUUACGUGAUAUUAAGAAUAAUCUAUGAAAACUCCACAACACAUUUACCGCUUUAUCUACAAAAAUAUACAAUUUACGAUGAGAUCAAGGAUACUAAUAAAACACAUGACAUCAAUGCCCUGAAACAUUUAUUAGAGAAAUAUAAUAUCGAGCAGGACCUUAGCAACGCGGACAGAUUCGAGCCCAUCGGAGUUGGAACUACCGUCAUAAUGAUACAAGUGCAUAAGGACAUAAAACGACUGCACCACCUCAUUCUGUCCCUCGCGCAAGUGCAAGGCAUACACACUGCGCUCCUUAUUUUCUCACACAGUUUUUACCAUCCAUCCAUAAAUAAAUUAAUACGUAGCAUCGACUAUUGCAAGGUUGUGCAAAUAUUUUAUCCGUACUCCUUACAACUUAACCCUCACAAGUUCCCGGGUGUAGACCAUAACGACUGCGAGCACAGCGGCCAAACGAACUGUAUUAGACGCAAUGCUCGACUUACAGAGCACAAGCAGCACUGGUGGUGGAAAGCUAAUUAUGUCUUCGAUCGCAUGAACUGGUCUCGUAAGCACAAAAAUCCUAUAAUUUUCCUUGAAGAAUACAAUUACGUGGCACCGGACCUGUUAUACGUGUAUCCAUAUUUACAGCGCUCUUUUAAUUAUUUUCCAAACGUACAGAUAUUGUCUUUUGGUAGACCAUUAACCAGAAAUAAUGACUGGGACCUAUUAACUGUGGAAGCAUGGAGACCACCUUUCGAUGUAGGUUUAGCUUUCAAUAUAACUACAUGGGAAAAGAUACUCUCCUUGUCAGCGCAAUUCUGUAUGUACGAUGAUUAUAGUUGGAGUUACUCUCUGCUGCAACUAUUUCAAUACUUCCCUGGGGGUCACGUGAACAUGGUUGGAUGUUUGAAUCCUAGAGUUGUUUCUACUAAAUCAUUAAAGAACACCGAAGAUUUUAUAAAACUCUCAAAAUAUUUCAAAACGUUAGAUUUGUUCCCUAAGAAAUUGAAAGCAGUGGCAUUGUACGGGCCAGGAGGGAGAAUAGAGAGAGUUGCGAAACCGCCGCCGGUAGGGAAUAACGGCUGGAAUGAUUUACGCGACCAACUGCUGUGCCUCGAUCCCCUAAUGGUCACCACCACUGAGGAACCACGUUAUGAUGUACCAACAUUUCAGAAA